CAGCUAUUGUGGGGUUAUUUAACCUUUUUUAGGUCACUUUUUCUAAAAGAAAUGUAAUUUUAAAUGAAAAGUCAGAAACACUUUUGUUAGAAAAAUGUCAUAAAGAAACAUUUUGUGAAAAAGGAGCAGUUUGGGAAAUGUUCUGUGGAUUUUAGCCCAGUUCUCUGAACAAAAUUGAUGCAACAGCUUUGCCUAUCCCUCCUUUCUUUUCUUCCCAGUAACAAUCUCCAUCUUCCCAUCACAAUUCAGUUGAUUUUAGCCAAACUUUGAAGCGUGGAAGGCGAUAAACUCCUCCAGAGCUCAUAAAUCCGGGCGAGUAGGGAGAAGAGAGAGAUCCUGUUACUCCCACAGCAGUGCAGGAGCCUUGUCAGACAGCGGCCAGCCCCACUGGAGACCCUCGAGACGUGAGUCAGUAGCAACCCAGGCUUGGUCCCUCCUGUGCUGCAGAGUGGGGCCUCUGGAGCCAGCAGGCUGGAGCAGAGCCUGUCAGGUGUCGGUGUGUGGCUCCUGUCCCCGGGGUGUGGGGAUGGGCUGUUCCUUGAGCGAGCAGAAGGAAAGCUGCAUUCCACAUAUCCUGUCCCCACAGAACUGAUGGUUUGGUUAUUCCAGCCAGCCCUGAGGGCAGCCACAGACUCUCAGCUUCCCUGUUUGGGGCAGUUUCAGCUCUGUACCCUGUUCUUCCUCUCCUGCUCCCCCUUCUCCUGAUGGUUGAGGGAAGAGGCAUCAACCCUCUGCUUUCCCCUGAUCCCAGCAGGCUGGGGGAGCCCAGGGGCUGCUCCUCAGCUGCCAAAUGCUGUCCCCCCAGCACAGACAUGGGGCUGGCUGAGGUGGGCUCUGACUGUCUCGGGAGUUGCUGUGCUGCAAACUGCUCUCAGCAAUUGCAUCUUGCUGCCUUUGUUUCUAACGCAGCUGCAAUUCCAGGGAUAGAGUUCUCUGUGAAAACAGGGCUUUGUUAAUUGUUAUAGGGUGUGGAUGACACUGGUGGGUAUUUACUACAGGGCACCUGUGAGGAGCAGGAAGUUGAUGAGGUUUUCUAUGGGCAGCUGGAAGUAGCCUCAUGGUCACAGGUCCUGGUUCUCCUGGGGAACUUCAACCAUCCUGAUAUUUGUUGGAGAGACAACACAGCCCACCACAGGUGGAAAUCCAGGAAGUUCCUGCAGAUCAUUGAAAAUAACUUUUUGAUACAAGUGGUGGAGGAGUCCAGGAGGAGAGGUGUGUUUCUGGACCUUAGGAGGGGCUGGUUGAAGAUGGGAAGGUUGAGGAAAGCCUUGCCUUUCACCAUGUUAUGGUGAAACUCGAUCCUGUAUGGGGAAGCAAAGCAGUAGCAGGGCUAGAACCCUGGUUUUCCAGAGAGCCAGUUCAACCUUUCCAAAGACCUACUCAGACGAAUCCCAUGGAAUAGGACUCUAGAAGGGAAGGGGGCCCAAGAAAGCUGGUCAGUAUUCAAGCAUCCAAAUUCAAGACCUGUGUACCUCCAUGAUCCAGAAAUCAAGCAAAGGGGGCAGGAGGCCUGCAUGGAAGAGCAGGUCUAGCAAUUCUCAAAUGGAAGAAAAAUUUAUGGGAUGUUGAAAAAGGGACAGGCACUUGAGAGAUCUAUAGGAACAUGUUCAAGAUAUGCAAGGAUGCAAUGAGGAAGGCCACAGUCCACCUGGAAUUGAGUCUGGCAAAGGAUAUCAAGAACAAGAGCUUCUCCAAAUACAUCCGCAGCAAAAGGGAGAACAGGGAACGUGUGGGGCUGCUGCUGAAUCCAGUGGGUGUCCUGGGCACAGAAGACACAGAGGAGGUGAAAUUACUCAACACAUUCUUUGCCUCAGUCUUUACUGCUGAGAGCAGCAAUCAGGAAUCCCAGACACUGGAAAUAAGAGAUGAAGGAGGGAGAAAGGAAAACUUCCCCUUGGUCACAGAAAGUUGAGAGAGAUCAGCCAGGCAGACUUAAUACCCAUUAAUCCAUGGUGGGAUGCACCCAGAGCUGCUGAGGGAGCUGGCAGAGGUUGUUGCUUUAGCCACUCUCCAUCAUCUUUAAAAAACCCUGAAGAAUGAGACAGGUGACCAGUCACUGCAGAAAAUGGUAACUCCUGUUUUCACAAAAGGCAAGAAAGAUGAUCUGGGAAACUCCUAGCCAGUCAGCCUCACCUUCAACCCUGGAAAGGCGAUGGAACAGCUCAUUCUGAAGAUCAUCACCAAGCAUCUGAAAGUAAAAGAAGUUAUGGGGAGUGGUCAGCAUGGAUUCACCAAGAGGAAAUCCUGCUUGGCCAAUCUGAUGCUUUCUAUGAUGGCACAGCAGGAUGGGGUGAGAGGAGAGCAGUGGGUGGUGUCUACCUUAACUUUAACAAGGUUUUUGACACUGUCCCAUAGCAUCCCCAUGGAUAAACUCAGGAAAUGUGAGUGGAUGGAUUCUAAGAUUUUGAGAAAAAGGACAGGAGGUAGAAGAGGGGACCCAUAACUGAGGGCUCAGGAGAUGGCUGACGUUUGGAGGAACAGGUUUGGAUGAAGAAUGCCAGUCCAGGGGUUAGGAUUCAGGCAUGGGGAGUGACCAUGCAUGUUUGUUGGCACCAGCCCCAGGGCAGCCUCUCCAUCAAGGCCAGUAUGUGACACGGGUGUGUCUCAUGGGGCUCCAAAACUCUUAAUAAAUACAUUUCCUCCCCAAUCUUCAAGCUGUUGGGUGUUCCUUGCUUUUGGGAGGUGCUUUAAAUCUGACUGCCAGAGCCGUGGGCUGCUGAGAGCAGAAGCUGCCUGCACGAUGCUGAGCUCGGGUCUUCCUCCCGUUCUCCUGGUGCUCUCAGUGCUGGAGCUGAGCUGGUCCCUGAGUGAUGAAGAAAAGAAGAUCAUCUUGGAUGAGCAUAAUAGAUAUCGCUCCCAGGUCUCUCCUCCUGCCAAGGCUAUGAUGAAGAUGGGUUACAAGUCGGUGUCAAUGGAGGGGUUCCCCAAACUGCCUCUAAAGAGAAGAGUUUCCUUCACCUCUGGAAUUGUCUUUGAUCAUUUUCUGCAAGUUCCUAAGUGUGCUGUGAGUCCCCUGAUGCUCUUCAUGAGAGUGAUGCAGCUCUCACUGACACCUGGGACACAGACCUGGAGAUCUGUGCAUGCAGAGAAGUGCAUCUGGGGCCAGAAUGGAGGCCCAGGAAGGGAGAACCUCUUUGCUAUGGCCCCAAGCCUGGACGUGAAAUUUGCCGUCGAAGAAUGGAACAGGGAGAAGAAAUUCUACAACUUGAUAACAUCCACGUGUGUCCCUGGGCAGAAAUGUGACAGCUACACCCAGGUGGUCCGGGCAGGAACAACUCACAUUGGCUGUGGGAACAGUUAUUGUAAGAAGAUUGAGGGAAUCGAAAAAGAGAACACACAGCUGCUUGUUUGCAGCUAUUAUCCCCCAUAAGUUCCAGGCCCAGUGCCCAUCCCCUGCUCUGUUCUGAGGGGGGUGAGGGAUCUGCUCCAUGGAGUUGUCUGCCCUGGCUUUAGCUGCCUUGGGGUCAGGCUGGUGACUAAACAGCC